CGGAACCUAGUGAACUAUUGGAAAAAAUAAUGGGAAUAUGUAUGAGUAAAGUAGGCUCUUUGUCGAGAGACAAUCUCACAUUAACGUCUCUACCAGAUCGUAAAGAAACAUACACAAACUUUCUAAUAUAUCUUAGUGAAAGCUAUACAUAUGCUGAUGAAAUUCAGAGUGAUUUCGCAACCAACGUGAUACAAAGUGACCGUGUGGUUGCAUUAAUAAGACGCUUAGUUGAGGAAGAAUUAAAAAAGUCGAAAAAGGCAACAGUGAUGACAGAUAAGGAAGUAUCGGAAAUAGUAAAUCAACCGAAAAAGGAAAGGGAUUGGCUAAAAAAAAGAUCAAAAGAAACAAUCAAGCAUGUACUAAGGAAGCUUACGAAAGUCCGUAAAGAUGAAUCUUCUUUUAUAGAAAAACAUCCAAACUACGACACACUUAUUAGUAAAUUACAACCAGAUUUUAUGAACAUGCUUGAAUAUAGAAUCAGCCAAAUUAAAAACCAACCAAAUGGUAAUGCGGAAAGCUCUGGUGACGGCGAAAUAGAGGGGCCAAGUGAUCAUGAGAAAAGUUGUAAUGAUUUUAGUCAGUUUUUAAAACUAGUUAGUGAAAAUGGAUCACAUUAUGGUGUUGAAAUUGGUGACUUAACUGAUCGUUACAAAAAACAGAUGCACAAUUAUGCCUUGCUUUAUGAAUGUUCGUUGUUAUUGAAAACAGAAAUGGAAGAUUUUUCCAAUAUAUACUCAUGUAUACAAAAGGGUACCAUAUGCAAGUAAAAACUCAAGAGUUGUCAAUCGAGGUAAACAACAUUCCGUAUCAUUUAUCUAGCAUAUGAGAUAGAAUCGUAUAUUAACUAAUACUAAUGAAUGAUUCCAAAAUACUUAUCAAUGAAUCUUUCAAAAUUAUAAAAGGUGAUGCAUUAUCCGCGUAUGAGCAACCAACUCAACGAUAAAAAAAACCCAAACGAACCAUUUGUGCAGAUAUCACAUUUAUUUUCCUGCUAUAUCAUAUUGCACGACUCUGAAUUUGAAGCGAUGAAACACAAGAUAGCUCAUUAUCUACAAGAUAACUUACAGAUUUCCAAAUAAUAAUGAGAAAGACAUUUGUAGCAAGUUAUUUCUUGAAGUUAUCCAUUUAUUUUUUAUGGUUUUGAAUUUGCCCUGAAAAAUACCUCUGAAUUUGAAAUAUUUCUUAUUUAUCUACUUGAUUCUCAUUUGCAUUUUCACGAUAUUUGAUGUUUACCUUAUGUUUUAGAAAUAAAAUAAUUAACACGA